AUGGAGGCCAUGCCGCUGCUACUCUUCCUCGCCCUCCUCGCCGUCCCGGCGUACUGCCUGCAGUCGCCGCGGCAGUCCUACCACCUCGAACUCGCCCGCGUGGACUCCGUGGACACCGGAAGCCUCAACAUCACCGACCACGAGCUCCUCCGGCGCGCCAUCCAGCGCAGCCGGGAGCGGCUGGCCAGCAUCACGCCCCGCCUGUACCCGACCCGCAACCGCAAGGUGGUGGCGGGCGAGGCCCCGGUGCUGUCGGCCGGGGGCGAGUACCUGGUGAAGCUCGGGCUGGGCACGCCGCAGCGCUGCUUCACGGCGGCCAUCGACACGGCCAGCGACCUCAUCUGGACGCAGUGCCAGCCGUGCGUCAAGUGCUACCGUCAGAAGGACCCCGUGUUCAACCCCAUGGCCUCGACCACCUACGCGGUGGUGCCGUGCAACAGCGACACGUGCGACGAGCUGGACACCCACCGGUGCGGGCGCAGCGGCAGCGAGGACGACGACGACGACGACGUGUGCCAGUACACCUACACGUACGGCGGGAACUCGACGACGAGGGGCACGCUGGCCGUGGACACGCUGACCAUCGGCGACGACUCGUUCCACGGCGUCGUCUUCGGCUGCAGCAGCUCCAGCGUCGGGGGCCCGCCCGCGGAGGUGUCGGGGGUGGUGGGCCUCGGCCGCGGGCCGCUCUCGCUGGUGUCCCAGCUGUCGGUGCGGAGGUUCAUGUACUGCCUGCCCCCGCCGGCCUCCAGGAGCGCGGGGAGGUUGGUCCUCGGCGCCGACGCCACGGCCAUGCGCAACGCGUCGGACCGGAUCGUGGUGCCCAUGUCCAUCAACCCGCGGUACCCGUCCUACUACUACCUCAACCUCAACGGGAUGUCCAUCGGCGACAAGGCCAUGUCCUCCUCCUUGAGGAGCAGCAUGAACGCGACGGCUCCAGGUACCCCCGACCCCAACCCCAACCCCAACGUGGCGGCGUCUCCCGUGCCCGUGUCCGGCGACGGCGACGGCGGCGGCGGCACGGGGCCGGACGCGUACGGGAUGAUCAUCGACAUCGCGUCCACGAUCACGUUCCUGGAGGAGUCGCUGUACGAGGAGCUGGUGGACGACCUGGAGGAGGAGAUCAGGCUGCCGCGGGGCUCCGGGUCGACCCUGGGGCUGGACCUCUGCUUCAUCCUGCCGGAGGGGGUGCCGAUGAGCCGCGUGUACGCGCCGUCCAUGUCGCUGGCGUUCGACGGGGAGUGGCUCAAGCUGGAGAAGGAGGAGCUGUUCGUGGAGGACCGGGAGAGCGGGAUGAUGUGCCUCAUGAUCGGCAAGACGGACGGGGUGUCCAUCCUCGGCAACUACCAGCAGCAGAACAUUCAGGUCAUGUACAACCUGCGCCGGGAGAGGAUCACCUUCGUCAAGACCAACUGCGAAGCCAUGACUCACUAGGAUUUCUCUAUAUUAUUUACCCAUAACAAAUGUAGACAUCAAAUAGGAUAGGUACGGCAUGGCAUUGAGCUCUGCUUCUCUGAACAUUCAGAAAUCUGAACUGGACAGUGAGGGCAGAAAAGGAGCAACACUCGAUGAAUUUGUGAGUGCAUUUUUACAUCAUAUCUAUAUCAUCCGAAAAUGUAUCAAGCGAAUUGAUACAAUGGUCUAAGGGCAUGCUUUUUUCUUUUCCUUUUUGCAUACUGUAUAAAUGAACGAAAUUUGUGAAUCCACAAGGAAUGUGAAUUCUAUAUUCGCA